AUGAAUUUCGACGAGGCGCAGACACAGCCGGCCCAUGAUACCGCGCCUUCGCAGAUCGCGAACCACGGUCCCGCGCUCGCCGCAGAGCAUGAUGCGGGGUCCGUGGAUCCAGCGACGCCAGCAGAGGACGACUUCGACAGCACGCCGCGCUCAGAGGCGCCCUCCGUCCCCGAUACUGUCAACGAGGCUCUACAGCGGCUCCACGUCCACGGCUCUGAGCCCAGCUACUUCUCUCCGCAGCCGCGGCGGGUCUACACCUCCCAGAUCGCGCGAUCGAACCCCUCCACUGAGCCCUCGCCGACGACGACCGCUGCCCUCGAUGGCCCGCACCUUCGCUCGGUAGAGCCCAUAACAGAACUCUCAUCGGGCCUUGCAGAACAUGUCGACCGCCCCGUGUAUCAGCGAGAUCUUUCCAGCGCCUCCACGGCUAGCGCCUCGACCGUGCGUCCAACCUCCGUAGAGCCCUUCCACACGUUUUUAUAUUCGAGGCAGCGGGAUGGUCCGGUCUAUCCCAACCAGUCCUAUGCCGCCCUACAGUCGCAACAAUACCCGAACUCACAUGGUCCGCCAAUCCUACGUACACGAAGCUCCCAUCCGACUCACGGUCACUCCGUCUCCAAUAUCUCGAAUUUCAGUCAUGCAAACGAGCACCACCACAACAUCAUGGAGUCUGGUUCACGCACCGUGGGCAACUCUCCUGCCAGCAGCCCUGGCCUCUUUAGUCCCGCCACUCCUCCUCUUCGUCACACCCAGCAGUCCGAAGACAACCUGUACUCCGGGCCCUGGCUGCACCACACCCACAGGCAGCCGCCAAAGGAGACGCAUGUCGCUGACGUCGAUGUUGAUCCUGUUUCCGGGCGGAAGCUAGUCAACCACUACGAGGUCAUUGGCGAGCUAGGCCGCGGUGUGCAUGGGAAGGUCAAGCUAGGGCGCAACCUAGAGGACGGUGCCACUGUCGCUAUCAAGAUAGUCGACAGAUACUCGAAACGCCGCCGCCUGGGGAAGAACACAAGCCACGAAGACAAGAUCAAGCGAGAAAUCGCCAUUCUGAAGAAAGCCCGGCAUGCGAACAUCGUCAGUCUGCUCGAAGUCAUUGAUGACCCCUCUAAGAAGAAGGUAUAUAUUAUCCUAGAGCACGUAAAGAAUGGUGAAGUAAAGUGGCGGACGGAAGGUGCAAAAGAGGUGUGUAUGGUAGAAUGGCGUCGAUACCAGCGGGAGUCUGAAGGCAUUUUCGACAACGAAAGCGCAGCUCUGGAGGACGAGAAGAUCAUCAGACUCGCUCACCAGAAGCUCGAACGCCAACAACGCCGGCGGGCAAAGGCGUUGCGUCAGCGCCGACAGCUCCCGGACGACCUCGAGUCUUGGAGUUUCGAGCUUGGAGGUGAUUCCGAGGAAGAUUUUUCAGAGAACGAACGGAGCUCUCGAGCAUUGGAAGACAGGCCUGAAAGUCGGCUCCACUAUGCAGAACAUCACGGUUCCACUAGCAAUCAGGGCACGCACAUGGAAACCGCGAUUCGCUCAAGCACCCCCACAGCCAGCACCAAAGGGGAAGACCCAACCCUCUCCACCGGUCUCGAAGGGACCAUGUACGGAGCCUAUGACACCGAAACCUUCCGUGGACGGACCCCAAGUCUGGCCGGCAGUAGCUCUUCUCACUUCACUGAUGGAGAGGAAGAGGUUCCAGAGCAUUUCCGAUACGUUCCCUUGAUGACGAUUCAGGCAGCGCGGGAGGCAUUCCGGGAUACAGUGCUUGGAUUGGAGUAUCUUCAUUAUCAGGGUGUCAUUCACCGAGACAUUAAGCCCGCCAAUCUGCUCGUGACGGCAGAACAUCGAAUCAAGAUAUCCGACUUUGGGGUAUCUUACCUCGGGCGUCCAGCUGCCGACGACAGCAACGGCGACCAAUCCGAGUCAGACAUGCACGAUGCUGACGAGGCGAUCGAGCUGGCUAAGACCGUGGGCACUCCAGCCUUUUAUGCUCCGGAGCUAUGCCAUACCGACCCAGAUGUCGACGCUAUUCGGAUAGGUCCCCAAAUUGAUAUCUGGGCCCUCGGUGUAACCCUGUACUGUCUCAUCUACGGGCGUGUGCCGUUCCAUGACCCCAAUCAGUUCCGCCUCAUGAAGGUCAUUACGGAUGCGGAACCCUACAUCCCCAAGUACAGGUUGAAGCCUGUUGCAGAGAACUCGAAUUCCCGGCCGAGCUCGCAUGGGCGGUUGUAUCACCCGAUGACGACUAGUCGGAGAGCUCCACACGAUCUCGAAUAUGAAGAAGUUAGUGAGGACUUGCAGGAUCUUCUUCGUAGAUUGUUCGUCAAAGAUCCACGUUACCGGAUAUCUGUCCAGGACAUUAAGCGGCACCCUUGGCUUACCCAGGGUAUUGAGGACCUCACUGCUUGGGUCGAACGUACCGAUCCCGACAAAUCUUCUCAUGGAAGGAAGAUCGAGAUUUCGAAGGCUGAUAUCGACGAUGCUGUUGUUCCGUUCACUACCUUCCUGGAUCGUGUUCGAUUUGGAGUCCGCAAAAUCGGGGACAUGGCUAGGAGCCUCACACGCCAGGCGUCCAGGAAACGUGGCCUGAGCUCGGCGAGCGGCCAGGAUCCACAUACGGUCGGGAGUGCGCAUUCGUCUAGCAGCACGAUCAGCCAGGAUGGCCGGCGACCUAGUUUAGGUCCAGGCAUGACCAUCUACGAGGCGUUGAGCAGAUCGCGAGAACCCGAACAUCCGCUCUCCCAAAGUCAGACUGCUAGUCCGGAAGCGAGUGACCGGCAAAGAUAUUUCGAAAGCCCGAAUGCCCGCAACGCUUCACCUGCCCACAACACAGAAGCUCAUGAGCGCCCGUCGUCUUUGGCACUCGCCGGUAGGCCACCUACACUAGGACGCGCGAACACAACGGCGUCAACGACUGGGUCGAUACGAACCAUUCGACCGUCUGAGCCAUCCAGCAGAGGUCGACCGCCAUCCCCAAAUAUCCCGCCAGGACUCCCGGGCACUCCAACCGUUCUCGACACGCCAGGCGGCUCCAAUCUUAGCGGCAUCUUUGGCGGGCUUCCUCGUCAUGUCGUCAGAAAUCGGACCAGUGACGAAAGGAUGUUAAUGCCUCCAAGGGAGCACGCGCGAGCAAAGUCCAUUGACAGGCUGGUGGGGACGGAUUCUGAUGCGCACAGCGGGCCAAGUCUGGCGAUAAGCACGGCUGUUGCUUCUGGACAUGUGGACCAACCGGAUCUCUUAAAGGAAUUGUCGCCGACUGUUGCCUGUGGUCCGUCCCCCAACUUCUCUGAUUCCCGCUCUCCAGGCUCGAUGGAUAGAGGAUGCUCCCGACAAUCCUCGGUUUCAUCCAUUUCGUCUCGCUUGCAGCGGAGCUGGGCAGCUCGAAGCCACGAACUUGAAGCCGGGUCGACCCUGGCCAUGUCUACCGUUGCACAUGCCCCGCUUGCCCGUGACACUUCAGAUGAGAGGUUUAGCAGAGCCAAAGAUGAAUUCGUUCGUCGCAGGGUGAUAGAAGAGAACCUUGGUCGCGAGAGACCCCAUUCAGCGACAUUUCAACGACCUCCAUCGUCCCUCAGCCAGACAGCCUGUCCUCCGAGCCCUGACGAUGAAACAUUCUACCAGCGACAGAAGGUUGAGGAUUUCUUGAAUCAACAACACGCUUCCUCCCAUAAUACCAGUCCCAUCAGCUACCCAAUCAUCCAUCCACCACAGACAAGGACCGUCAACUCCAGCUCGUCUGAAGAUCACUUUACCUUCAUGUCGCAAUCUACUUCCAACCCUUCCAUCCCCUCGGUAGCCUCUGCCAACUCAUCCAUGGCGCCGGACGAGUGCGUCUCUAUGAAUUCAUUCUCUAGAGGAGCAGGCGCAGCAUCUGCCGAUUCACUCUACAUCAAUCAGUUCGACGCCCCAACCGAUGACCCUGCGGGUUACGACGGUGACCACGCUGUUGAAACUGAGGACGAUGACGAAGAUUCCGAUGACGAUUUCCUUGUCAUGGGGAAGAAGAAGAAGCCUGCGCCAAGGAGCGAGUCCAUCUCGAAUGCGGAACUGGCACGGUCCAGACUCCGCAAAGAAGUCUCGGUUCGCAGAAGGUCCGCACGCAGCGGAAGCAACGGGACGGUGAAGAAGAUACCACCUCCUGGCGACUCUGGAGACGAGAACAGCCCCGAAACCCAAUAA